GGAUAUAUUUAUUAUUGUCAACAAAUUACAUUAAAAUGCAGUUACAAAUUCAUGCAAAAAGUAAUGAUAAGAAAACCAUCAUUGGAUGUAAAAUACACAUAACUUUGGGGGAAAAUCAUUUACUAAAUAGACUCCUCUGCAAAUAAAUGGAACAUGAUUCUGACUGAUUUAGCAAUAUUAAAAUAAACUACAUUCUAUACUACUCUACAAUAAAUAUACAAAUUCAUACAGUGUACCAGAGAUUUGCCUAUUAUUUGACCACAGUUUUAGAUACAUUUUAACUACUUUUAAAAACACAAAAUAUAUUCUCACCUAACUGGGUCACUUUAUACAAACCUCUGGUAUACUUUUGUUCUUUUUACUCUGACUGUUUUAGCAAAUAAAUUUUACAUUAUGAUGCUCACUAUUGCUACUGCAGUUGUGGAUAUAUGUUUAAAAUGAUAUAAAAGUAGAGCUGCACAGAUAUUUAUUUUAAGUACAUUUUUCAAUAUUUGUGUGCAUUAUAAUUUAUAAAUUCAAAAACAGAAAUACUUUUAUAAUAACACUAUGUCACCACCUCUUCACGUUAGGUUUGAACACUUUCCAACGAGCUGUCUUCCUUAAGACAUUGAUAUAUAAAUUAUAAAUCAUUAAUAUGAAGAUACAGACUGGUUACUCUCAAAAGCAAUUAAAUGAAAGAUUAGUGGGUCUACAUCUUUAUCUGUUACAUUCAUAACUUGUGUUAUACACACAUUGUAGUAGAGAUAAUUGUUAAAAUAUUGUAUUCAUGCUAAAUAAAACAGAAGUGCCUCUUCAUGAGGUUUACAUUCACCUCACCCUCAACAUUAAUGAGGUUUACAUUCACCUUGCUUUCACCCUCAACAUUAAUGAGGUUUAUAUUCACCUCACCCUCAACACUAAUGAGGUUUACAUUCACCUUGCUUUCACCCUCAACAUUAAUGAGGUUUAUAUUCACCUCACCCUCAACACUAAUGAGGUUUACAUUCACCUUGCUUUCACCCUCAACAUUAAUGAGGUUUAUAUUCACCUCACCCUCAACACUAAUGAGGUUUACAUUCACCUUGCUUUCACCCUCAACAUUAAUGAGGUUUAUAUUCACCUCACCCUCAACACUAAUGAGGUUUACAUUCACCUUGCUUUCACCCUCAACAUUAAUGAGGUUUAUAUUCACCUCACCCUCAACAUUAAUGAGGUUUACAUUCACCUUGCUUUCACCCUCAACAUUAAUGAGGUUUAUAUUCACCUUGCUUUCACCCUCUACAUUAAGGGCUUCCUCCAACAAAUCGGUGCUUUAUGUAUCAAUGGAUCAUCUUUCCCAGUUAUAGAAGUAGAUGUUCAGAAAGAAUGGUGUCGUGAAAAAGUAAAGAUUGAAAACCUACCAGAAGGGAAAGGUGUACUUGAUCAAAAUAUUAUAACAAUGUCCAGUAUUUAA